GCCGCACACAGUCGCACAAGCAGAACACACAAAUACAACAAUUGCAAAUCGCGCUCUCUCUUGUUUUGACGCGCCCUCUGCUGUUUGCUGUUGCUGUUGCUGUAGCUAUAGCUAUAGCUAUAGCUGAACGACGACGACAACGCCUUCGCCUGACGUUGACGGAGCAGUCGCCGCCAACGACAAAACGGGAAUGGGCCCAAGCUUUUUGUUUGCGCUGGCAUCGCGUGAAACAGUUGCAAGCCUUUGAACGAUCAGCGACGACGCUAAAAACUUUUGCGCGGAUAUAUUUUGUUUGUUAGUGCAGACGCCUCCUUGUCGCCAACGUCGCCGCCGACGCCUUAGCACAACGCAAUAUCAGCAACGACAUCGAAAUCGACAUCGAAAUCGACAUCGACAUCGACAUCGAUAACAAACAAUAACAAUAAUAACAACAACAAUAAUAUCAACAGCAACAACAACAACAAUCACAUACAGUUUGAAGUGCGUCUUAGUGCUUUUAAAUCCAACUUCAGCUUAUUUUUUUUCUGUUGUAAGUUGUCCCACGCGGUUUAUUGUUUUGCUUCAGUUCUAACUGUAUUCGCAUCUCUUGCAUUUGAUUCGAUCUCGCUGCCUGUGACGAUCAGAGGCUGGCGCCAGCGUGUUGCAGUCACGGAUGAAAGCGUGACAGUUACAGUGACAGUGACAGUAACAGUUACGGAAAUAAGUAUUUGCACAGCAUAAAUUAAUAAGCGACAACAACAACAACAAGAAUCAAAAGGAAGAGCAAAUGCAAAUCUCUCCGAAUAACAGUGAAAAGUGCAAGUCGAAUCCUUAAGAGAAUAUUAUUUUUUUGUUGCAUAUUUUUUAUUGUUUGCGACUAGCGCGCGUGUUUCUCUCUGUGUGUGGUUCUUUUGAGAUUGUGGCCUCGUCUUUGGGCGUCUUUGAACAGCGAGCGACUUUGUUUUAUGUGUGCUUUGUUUGGAAUAAUCUAGGUUCCUAGGCAAAUCCCUUCGCGCGCACGCCUCAAAAUUACAACACCAACAGGAAGAAAGACAGCAGCAGCCGACGCAGCAGCCGCAGCAGCCGCCGCAGCAGCAGCAGCAGCCACUGUCGCCGCAGCAGCAGCAGCAGCUAAAAUGUUAACGGACAUGACACCAACCGCCGGCCAAUUGUACGGCUCACAGAUUCCGGCUAUGGCGGGCAUGAACAUCACCAACAUUGCGACACAUUUGCAGAAACCACAGGUAAAUCCGGAUCAUCCUAGUCUGCGCGGCACUCCGCUGGCCAUGCUGGCCGCCCAGUGCAACAAGCUGUCGAACAAAUCACCGCCGCCGCUGGCCGAUGCGGCCGUCGGCAAGGGUUUCCAUCCCUGGAAGAAGAGUCCCAAUUCACCGGCAGCAGGUAGCAGCAACGCACCCGGCGGCGGUGGUGCAUCUAGCCUCAGCGGCAGCAGCAGCGUUGGCCAGCACUCGCCCUGCGCCAUCUCGGCGGCAAGCUCGUCCAGCUCCAGUGGCAGCGGCAGCGGCGGAGGAGGCGGCGGUGGCGGAGGCAGCGGCGGGCAAACAUCGCGCAGCCUCUCGUCCAGUGCUAACAGCAGCACUAUGGUAAACAUCACAGCUAGCAUAUAUCCUUACAGUCGUCCGCUCGCCUCGUCCUGCGCGGCCGUGGGCACCUCGGCGUCUGCAUACGGCAGCGACCUGUACUUUCCCAACACGUCCACGUCGUCCGGCAGCAUGGUGGCCGACAAUCAUCACAUGCACCAGGGGCUGUUGGGCAAGGUGGAGGGCGCUGCGUUCGGGUCGGUCUACUCGCGCCACCCGUACGACUGGCCCUUCAACGCGGUGACUGCGUCCGCCCACAAGGCCGCCGAGGCAGCCAGCGUCAACUCGGGCUGGUGGGACAUGCACAGCGCUGCCGCUGCCGGCAGCUGGCUGGACAUGGGCAGCGCAGCGGCGGCGGGCAUGCACUCGACCAUGGCCAACUAUGCGAGCGCCGCGGCCGCUGGCACGGAUUACAGCUCGGCGCUCUCGCACUCGCUGUCGAACACGGCCCAUCUGCUGGGCUCCGGCCAGCACUUGCUGCAGGACACGUACAAGAGCAUGCUGCCCGGGCAGGGGGUGGGCGGCUUCUCGCUGCCGCACAGCUCGCCGUCGGCGGCGGCCACGGCCGCCUCGCCGCAGGCCUCGACCCCGUCCACGCCCUCUCCGCGCUCGCAGCGACGGUACGCGGGCCGCGCGACCUGCGACUGCCCGAACUGCCAGGAGGCGGAGCGCCUGGGCCCGGCCGGCGUUCACUUGCGCAAGAAGAACAUCCACUCCUGCCAUAUUCCGGGUUGCGGCAAGGUGUACGGUAAGACGUCGCAUCUGAAGGCGCAUCUGCGAUGGCACACCGGCGAGCGUCCCUUUGUGUGCAACUGGCUGUUCUGCGGCAAGCGCUUCACGCGCUCCGACGAGCUGCAGCGGCAUUUGAGGACACAUACCGGCGAGAAGCGCUUUGCUUGCCCCGUGUGCAACAAGCGUUUUAUGCGCAGCGACCAUCUGGCCAAGCACGUAAAGACGCACAAUGGCACGGCGCCGAAUGGCAUUAAAAAGGGCUCCUCGGAGUCGUGCAGCGACUCUGAGGAGGCAGCCAAUCAGUCGGGUGAGUCGAACGGGUUGGGCGGCGCGUCCAGUGGCCAACAGACGGGCGCAGGUGGUGGCGGCGGGGGUGGCUCCGCCAGCUCCGGCUCCGGCAACGGCAGCUCUGGCUCCGGUGCCGGCGGCAAUCGAGCUGGCAGCCAUCCCGGCACCCCGACCUCGCUGCAUGCGCAUAGCGCCUCCAGCACGUCCAGCAGCCUGCUGGGCGGCGGUCUGCACCUGGCCACGCCGCACCAGAUGGUCGCCGCGGGCGGCUCGCCGGUGAUGCUGCAUCAACAUCAGCAGCAACAGCAUCAGCAGCAUUCGCAUCAGUCGGCGCACCAGCAGCAGCAACAGCAACAGCAGCAGCAGCAACAGCAGCAGCAGCAGCAACAACAGCAGCAGCAACAGCAGCAGCAGCAGCAGCAGCAACAGUUCUCGCAGCAGCAGUCCCAUCCACAUGCCCAUCUGCACCACCAUCACCAUCACCUGGUGGGCGCAUCGGCACCCAGUCCCGGUCUGGAUCAGCGUCUGGACCACAGCGCCCUGGUAGACAUCAAGCCGCCGAUGGUUUGAGGAUCGCUGGGACCCUUUUUGUUUACCAAUUGAACAGAAAUGGGUUCCUGGACGCAGUUCAAUGUGCACCACCAUUGGGCGCAUCUAUAAUUAGUGGGCGUGGCACAGCACUCGACACACUAAUACAAUAAUGACACACACACGCACUCGUAAAAAUAAUUAUUUUGUGGAUUUCGCAUUUUUUUUUUAAACAAAAAUAUAAAUAAAAGCUAAGCAAUUUUUUUUUUAGUAUGUUUUAAUAAAUAUUACGUGUACAUAAAAGGCUUAGAAAUGCUAAAUACAAGUUUCCGCUAUCUUAAUUAACAAAAGAAAACCAACUAAAAAAAAACACACACACAAAUUGCUAAUUCUUAAAAUAAAAAUGAAAUAAUAUAUAUAUAUAUAUAUAUAUAUCUUAAAGUCCUGCUUAUAUCCUAUUGUAUAUAUGUAUUUAAUGUAUUUCUAGAUGUCUAUACGAAUAUAGUUUCAUAUAUAUAUCAAACGAUCCUCAAAUUUACAAUCAUAAAAUUAUUGCUAUUGAUAUAAAGUAUGCUACAAAAAAGAGUUUUUUUUUUCAUAGUUCUUAGGUAAACAAUUAUUAAGAGAAAUGGAUUUAUUAAUAUGCUCAGCGUUUACAAAAGUUAUAUAUAUACAUAUAUAUAUAUAUACAUAUAAUAUGCU